GGUCGCUCAUAACGGAAACCCUAGCGCCUCACACACACCUGUCUAUUUCUCUCUCUCAGACCCCUGGUGCUUCGCCGGCGGGCAGGCUUUGAAACAUCACCUUCGCUGGCGACCGGAAGCAAGCUGCACUAUCUGAGCUUACUUCCUCCCCCACUCUUACCUUUCCUGACGCCGAUUCCUCCAUUUCUCUCGCCGCGUCCCCGCUUGUACUCGUAGGUCUGAUCUGUGGCGAGUGCCCUGCCUUUUGUCCGAGCUUAAUUUUCAUGGGUGACAGCUAGCUAACAUAAAGACAUGGGCCUUGGCAAGGAAGUUACUGCCGCUAAGCUAACAGAUGAUCUAGUUGUCGAUAUCCUCUCCCGCCUGACGUACAAGGACUAUUGCCGAUGCAAAUGUGCAUAUAAGGCAUGGUCUGCCUUGUCCUCUGAUCCACACUACCAGAAGAAGCUGCCCACAAAAGUAACCACUGGCCUUUUGUACCAAGGUCGCAAUAAGUCUGCUAUCCCACUUGUUAGCCUGUCCCAAGAUGAUGAAGAAAUCGAUGACAUUCUUGCUGACGCACCACACUAUGAGCAUCUAGAAAUCGUCGACUGCUGCAAUGGUUUAGUCCUUUGUAAGUAUAGGAACAGCUAUACUACUCCAGGCAUUUGCUGCUUCGUUGUGUGCAACCCAGCAACUCGACAAUGGAGGAUGAUUCCUGAUACUCAUCCUGAGACAGAUGACCCUCGUUAUGUAACUGUUUUGGCGUUUGAUCCAUCAUGGUCACCGCAGUUCUACAUCUUCAAUUUUCAUCUGAAGCAUCACCAGGGUUUGAUACUUGGUACCAGCAAACUUGAGAUAUUCUGGUCUGGAAGCUCCUCAUGGCUUGUGGAUGAUAAAUGGGAUUCUGAUAUAGUUGUUUCCCAUAGGCCUCACUUGUUUCUUCAUGGGAUGUUGUAUGCGGAGACUACUGGACAAGAAGUUGUGGUGUUUGAAGGCUUGGAGGAAAUGAGUGAUGGCACACUGCCCUAUCAUUGGAUUAUUGAUAUGCCAUCUGACUCUUUUUAUGUGGGUACUUUCACCCAUGGUUGCUUUGGCAAAUCUUCAGGGAACUUGCAGUAUGCAUUGCCAGAUGCGGAUGGUCACUCGAUUGUAGUUUGGACUCUGGAUGAAUAUGCUCAUGGUUUACGGGCUUGGAUUUUGAAGGGCCGUCUUAGUAUGACUGAUGCAUUUGGAAGGGAUGACUUUGUUCACUAUGAUAAUGGUGGCGAUGGUGGCGACCGUCUCUGGUUUUGGAACUGUGAUUAUUCUAUUGUUGCUCUCGACUUGGAGAAAGACCUUGUUUUCCUCUCCGACCAGAGGACGGAUAAGCUUCUUUCUUACAACAUCAGCACUGGUAUACUCGAGCAGAUACGAGACGGCUUUGAGCGGUGUCAAUACUAUGCCUAUGUACCGUGCUACUCAAAGCUUCCAGAUCAAGAAUCUUCAGUGUAGUGAAUACCAUCUUCCUUUCUGUGACUGUUCCCUCUGUUUUAGAUUCUGAACCACCUUGUAUAUAGUAUUAUGUUAGUCGAUGUAACCUUGUGUAUUAUGUUAGUUCGUGUUGUCUGUGUGACCAGCUUGCCUUUAUAUUUUGUUGUGAUCCCAUGAUCCUGUCCUAACAUACAAUGUUGCCAGUUUGCUAGUACUCCAUGUUAUAAGCUUAUUACAAGAUUACACGUUA